ACUGUGUGACAUUUACGUAGGCUACUUGAGUCUCUGAUGCAGCGUAAAAGGCAGUGAAUGAGUUACAUUGUAGCCCUUACGAGUUAUUCGAAUAGCUAAUUGUCAAAGCGCUGUCAGUUCAGUCAAAAAUAAAGAUCUCACCAGCGCGGAAUACUUUGACUUGUGUAGCCUAUGUAGAUUGCUCUCCAAGGGCAAUUUGGGCUAUCUCAAGAUUGAUCGAAAUGUAAAUGAUUGGACGUUCGAGCAUUUUACUUCAGAGACUGCUGAUGCACGAGGGCGAACGGAGUGAUGCUGAAAUUGCUCACAGCCGCAGCACGUGCACCCACUCCUUGCGUGGGUCGGUGUUUCUCUGUAUUGGGGGGUGAAGAGAGUUGCGCGGUGUCCAAACUAGCUCCACCAAUGUCAACAGAGGCUUCACUUUAUGUGCACUGGCCCUACUGUCUGAGGCGAUGCUCCUACUGCAACUUCAACAAGUACAUCCAUCGGUCUGAUAAUAAUGCUGUCAUGUCAGACUGCUUGCAACGGGAAACAGAGACAGUUUUAAGGCUCAGUGGAGUUUCCUGCAUAACCUCUGUGUUUUUCGGAGGGGGGACUCCUAGCCUGGCCCACCCUUCAACCGUAGCGGCUGUCCUGGAGACGGUUGCCAGGCACGCUGGUCUCUCAGACAAGGCUGAGGUCACACUGGAGGUGAACCCCACCCCAAUGGGGAAGUCCAGACUGGAGGACUUCCUGCUUGCUGGGGUGAACCGCUUUUCCAUCGGAGUACAGUCGCUGCAGGACAAUGACUUGAAAGUCCUGGGGAGAGACCAUAACUCCCAGCAUGCUCGGCAGACGGUUGCAGAGGCCCAGAGGCUGUGUCCUGGUAGAGUGUCUGUGGAUGUCAUGUUUGGUCGUCCCAAUCAAAGUGUUGAAUCCUGGGAAAGGGAGCUGGAGGAGUUACUGUCCCUGUGUGAUGACCAUGUGUCUCUGUACCAGCUGACCCUGGAGAGAGGCACACAGCUCUUCAAGCAGGUCCAGCUGGGGGAACUGAGUGUGCCGACUGAUGAUGUCACAGCUGACAUGUACAAAUCUGCCAGGAGAAUCCUUCAUGAGAGAGGAUACCUGCAAUAUGAGGUGUCAAACUUUGCAAGACGUGAUGCGGUCAGCUUGCAUAAUAUGAACUACUGGAAGGGACAUCAAUACAUUGGGAUAGGCCCAGGUGCACAUGGGCGCUUUGUUCCCCGCGCGGAGGGGGGUAUCCUCAGGGAGGCUCGGACGCAGACCCUGGAGCCCGAUGUGUGGAUCCGAGAGGUCCAGCAGAAGGGCCACGGGACCCGCCGGCGGAUCCUGCUCAACCAUCUGGCACUAUUGGAGGAGGUGUUGGUGAUGGGACUGCGUCUGAAUGCGGGCAUUAAUCACGAGCAUUGGCAGUUGUUCAGUCCUGCAGCUGAUUUUCACAGAAUCUUUGAAACGUCCAAGGAAGUACAAGAGUUUCGACAACAAGGUCUGCUUAUCCUGAACGACAGGGGUCUCCAGUGUACUUGGCAGGGCCUGGGGUUACUGGACAGUAUGUUGCCAACCCUUCUGCUCGAGCUGGAGACACAUGUUACCCAGAGCUAAGGCAAGGGUGUCCAAGGACAACAAGGGUGGAUGGAGAGGAGAACGGACCUCCAAGCCUGGGUGACAAAGACAUUGUGAAGACUUAGUAGGUUAGAUCUUAUGGACAUACGCAAACCUUAAAGGAUGUUUACGGGAAGGUCUCAGGGACAUGGUCCACAUCUUGUAUAUUCUGUUGCUCUUUCUUCCCCGUGAUGGACUGCAAAUAGACAAUAUACACUUUCUUAUACACUUCAAUAUACACUUGUCUUUUUGUAUUUCCAGUGUACUCAAUUACGAUCUCAUUUCCUGCCACCUGCUUCAGUCUGUGAUCUAAUCUCCAUAUCUUGGUGAAUGGAGUGACCUCUUCCGCUGUUCAUUAUAGCCCUACAAUGGAGCUUCUCAUCAUCUCCCUAAACCAAUGAGUACGAAUGGGGAUCGUUAAUUGUUAUCAAUAUCGAUACCAUUUUCGAGACUGCUUAACGGUCCGAGUCUUUAUCGAUACCACUAUCGAUACUUUUCUGGGGUGAGCUUGAGCUAACCACCAUCUAAAUUAAUGAAUUUGGCAAAUGUUAAACAUAUAGCAGCACCCGCACAACCUAUGCCACACUUUAUGUAAACAAGAUUACUGAACAACAUUUAUAACAAUCACUUAAGUAAAACAGAUGUCCAAUAGAACAAGGGGAACGUGUUGCUCUCAGGAGGAGGCUAGAUAAAAGGAGCACAUAUUGGCACAAUUGAUCCUGGCUCUGGCUAAAUCUACAAUUGUCCACUACAGAUGUACUAUCCACAACCUGGAUUAGUAACUAGUAUAAAUGACUGUGAUUGGUUGGUUGACAAAAAGUGACAUUCACAAGCCGUCAUUGUUCAAGACGUUAUGAAAAGUUUAACAGGUUCCAACAAAAUGCACCUGAUUUAGCUUUAUGACCAGCUAACCAAACCCAAACCUUCCUUAUCUCAGCCCUAUUUUGUUCUGUCUCUGUUAUUGUUUUAAGGCAGUUGGCAGGCCAUUCAAUUGAAUUUAGUAAUUUGAUUAGACAAUCGAUGUAAGUUUGUGCACUAGUGAUUUGAUUUAAAUGACCUGACUUAUCUCCUAAGACAUUAGAUGCAUUAUAUUACAUAGUCUCGAUAGCGGUGUCGAUAAGCUCGGACCUUAUUGAUCUUUGGGUUUUGAGAAACUUGGAACCGGGUCCUUACAGAAACAGGUAUUGAUCCCCAUCCCUAAUUGUGAAGACUAAACAGGUUAGAUGUUAUGGACAUAUGCGAACCUUAAAGGAUGUUUACGGGAAGGUCUCAGGGACAUGGUCCACAUCUUGUAUAUUCUGUUGCUCUUUCUUCCCCGUAAUGGACUGCAAAGAGACAAUAUACACUCGGCUUGUCUUUUUGUAUUUCCAGUGUACUCAAUUACGAUCUCGUUGCCUUCCACCUGCUUCAGUCUGUAAUCUAAUCUCCAUAUCUUGGUGAAUGGAGUGGCCUCUUCCGCUGUUCAUUAUAGCCCUACAAUGAAGCUUCUCAUCAUCUCCCUAAACUAAUGAGAGCAAUCUCUUUGUAACAGCUACUUUGGCAGAAAAAGAAGAAAGGUUGUUACUAUGCAGAGUGGAGCCUUGUGUGAGUGCUAUAUCUUCUUUGUCUGGAAAUAUCCAAAAGCUUUAGCCGGCUAUCAAGGUUCUUGAUAUUUUGAAAUGAGUCAUAUUUCAAACUCCCAUAACAUCGGCACUUAUUCCCCCACAAGAUUGUGUCCUGUCCCCUCUACUCUUCUCCCUGUGUACAAACAGCUGCACCUCCAGCCAUGGGUCAAUCAAUCAUCUCUGGUGAGGAUGAGUCUGCCUACAAGUGGGAGAUUGACCAUCUGGUGGUGUCCUUGCAGCUGAUGGUGUCCUUGCAGCUCAACACACUAAAGACAAUGAGGAUGGAAGUGGACUUCAAAAAGAGUCCAACCCCACCCACCCCCAUCACCCUGUGUGUCUGCUUCCUGUGUACCAUCACCCUGUGUGUCUGCUUCCUGUGUACCAUCACCCUGUGUGUCUUCUUCCUGUGUACCAUCACCCUAUGUGUCUUCUUCCUGUGUACCAUCACCCUGUGUGUCUUCUUCCUGUGUACCAUCACCCUGUGUGUCUGCUUCCUGUGUACCAUCACCCUGUGUGUCUGCUUCCUUUGUACCAUCACCCUGUGUGUCUGCUUCCUGUGUACCAUCAUCCUGUGGCCCUGACCUGACAUGGCCCAUGAGGGUGUACUUCAUGCAGGAACUGAAGUACAGCCAAAGCCAAUUAUGGUGCACUUCUACACCAUCAAUUUGUCAUUGCUGUUUCUUUAUUUUGCACUUUGGUGCUUGCGUGUUUUUGUCCUUAGACUAGUAAUUUGAUUGUAUCAUCAGACCAAAUGAAUUCUUGGAAAACUUGGCAAUAAAAAAAAAUCUG